UGCAAAACUUGUUGCUGCUUCUCCCGGCGCUGGGCGAGAGGCAGACACCGAGAGGGGAGCCGAGACCCUCGGAACGCCCCACGCAGAGCCCCCCCGCCAGCCGGGGGAGGGGUGCACGGACCCCCCCCGGGAUGGCCCCCGCCCCCCCAUUCCGGGAUCGUAGAGCGUAGCCGGAACGCCUCAGCCCGCUCGCCCAGCGUGGCCCCCCAACCCGCGUACGCCCCCCUCCUCGGGUCCGAGGGGGACUCGCGAAGCACCUCGGAGCGGAGGCACGGAACCCGAGACUCGGAGCGACCCAACCUCUCGUCUCGCUGCCCGCCCGCGCCUGGAACCGGGCGCGGAGACCCCUUCGAACUCAGAGACCGAAUAGAAGAGGACAGAAGCGGCAGGCGGCGGACGUGGCCGCGAAGCGGCGCGCCGGGGUGCAGAGCACCCGCCGCGGAGCAGGGGGAACCGCGCCUUCCCUCAAACCUCGGCUCGGACCCCGGACGCCCGCCGCCUCCCCAGCCCCGCUUCGCCCUCGGCUCAGGGCCCGCACCCGUGAUGCCGAGCCGAGCGUCCGGCCCUCCGACCCGCUGAAGAAACAGUAGCAGCUUGCUCGGGGCCGACGGAGACUGUGCGAGCGGAUCGUGCUCGGCGGAGGCUUGGGCUGCCGAGCGCGGGGACUCCGGGGGGCGGGGGGGGGGGGGGGCGGGGAGGGACUGCUCUGUCCAUGCCCGGGCGCCAGCCACGGCUUUGAAAGGUCUCCUUGCUCGGCCCCUUAGCAGCUCCGCCACGGACUCCAGGAGGCUUCGGGAGACGUCCUGGGGCUUCCCACCCCACCCCGAUCGGACUUAAGAAGGUGAUCGCUCCGCUCUCCCUUCCUCCUUCCCGCCUCCUUCCCCCCCACUUAACUUUUUGUCUCCACUCGCCCGCAGCUCCGUCCCCUCCGCGCAAACCCACCCGCGUCUGUGCCAACUGCCGGGGCAUGGGCCCCCCAGCACGGCUCCUGGAGGCCUCGCGGCACUGCAAGAUGUGAGAGGCCCGGGUCCGGCAGAGCCAGAGCUUCGGGAGAGGAGCUGAUAGCCCCCAGCCUCCACACGCAAGCGAGGUGGCGGUGCGCACUGCGCCCCCGCGGUGCUGAGCGUCCCGGAGCGCCCAACCCUGGGCCGGAACGUUUAGCUGGCCGGAGGCGCGCCGCGGAGAGCAGGCUGUCAUGCCCUAUUGAUCCCUCCCCGCCCCCCCGCCAACUAUGUUUGGGCUGGACCAAUUCGAGCCCCAGAUCAACAGCAGGAACGCUGGCCAGGGCGAAAGGAACUUUAACGAGGCCGGACUAAGCAUGAAUGCCCACUUCAAGGCCCCGGCUUUCCACGCGGGGGGACCCCCUGGCCCCGUGGACCCUGCCAUGAGCGCGCUGGGCGAGCCCCCGAUCUUGAGCAUGAACAUGGAGCCUUACGGCUUCCACGCGCGUGGUCACUCGGAGUUGCACGCGGGGGGGCUGCAGGCACAGCCGGUGCACGGAUUCUUUGGAGGCCAGCAGCCGCACCACGGUCACCCCGGAGGCCACCACCCCCAUCAACAUCACCCCCACUUUGGGGGCAACUUCGGCGGUCCGGACCCAGGGGCCUCAUGCCUGCACGGGGGUCGCCUACUUGGCUACGGGGGCGCCGCAGCCGGCCUGGGCAGCCAGCCGCCCUUCGCUGAGGGUUAUGACCACAUGGCGGAGAGCCAGGGGCCCGAGAGCUUCGGCCCGCAGAGACCCGGGAACCUCCCGGACUUCCACAGUUCGGGCGCCUCGGGCCAUGCGGUGCCUGCCCCAUGCUUGCCGCUGGACCAGAGCCCUAACCGAGCCGCCUCCUUUCACGGCCUGCCCGCCUCCAGCGGCUCCGAUUCCCACAGUCUGGAGCCCCGAAGGGUGGCGAACCAAGGAGCCGUCGACUCGCUGGAAUACAAUUACCCUGGCGAGGCGCCCUCGGGACAUUUCGACAUGUUUUCGCCCUCCGAUUCCGAAGGGCAGCUGCCUCAUUAUGCGGCGGGUCGCCAGGUUCCCGGGGGCUCCUUCCCCGGUGCCUCGGCCAUGCCCAGAGCUGCAGGCAUGGUGGGCUUGUCCAAAAUGCACGCCCAGCAGCAGCAGCAGCAGCAGCAGCAGCAACAGCAGCAGCAGCAGCAGCAGCAGCAGCAGCAGCAGCAACAGCAGCAGCAGCAGCAGCAGCAGCAGCAGCAGCACGGCGUGUUCUUCGAGAGAUUCGGCGGGGCCCGCAAGAUGCCGGUGGGUUUGGAGCCGGGAGUAGGCUCCAGGCACCCGUUAAUGCAGCCUCCCCAGCAGGCCCCGCCACCCCCUCAGCAGCAGCCCCCGCAGCAGCCGCAGCAGCCGCCGCCGCCGCCGCCGCAGCAGCCGCCGCCACCCGGGCUUCUGGUCCGACAAAAUUCGUGCCCGCCGGCGCUCCCGCGGCCCCAGCAGGGCGAGGCGGGCACGCCCAGCGGCGGCCUGCAGGACGGGGGCCCCAUGCUGCCCAGUCAGCACGCGCAGUUCGAGUAUCCCAUCCACCGGCUGGAGAACCGGAGCAUGCACCCUUAUUCGGAGCCUGUGUUCAACAUGCAGCACCCCCCUCCCCAGCAGGCGCCCAACCAGCGGCUGCAGCAUUUCGACGCGCCCCCCUACAUGAACGUGGCCAAGAGGCCGCGCUUUGACUUCGCGGGCAGCGCGGGAGUGGACCGCUGUGCUUCGUGGAACGGCAGCGUGCCCAACGGCGCUUUGGACAACCACCUCUCGCCCUCCGCCUAUUCGGGCCUCCCCGGCGAGUUCACGCCGCCCGUGCCCGACAGCUUUCCCUCAGGGCCACCCCUGCAGCAUCCGGCCCCGGACCACCAGUCCCUGCAGCAGCAGCAGCAGCAGCAGCAGCAGCAACAGCAGCAGCAGCAGCAGCAGCAGCAGCAACAGCAGCAGCGCCAAAACGCGGCCCUCAUGAUUAAGCAGAUGGCGUCGCGGAAUCAGCAGCAGCGGCUGCGCCAGCCGAACCUGGCUCAGCUAGGCCACCCCGGGGACGUGGGCCAGGGCGGCCUGGUACACAGUGGCCCGGUGGGCGGCUUGGCCCAGCCGAACUUUGAGCGCGAAAGCGCGGGCGCGGGGCGCCUGGGCACUUUCGAGCAGCAGGCGCCUCACUUGGCGCAGGAGAGCGCGUGGUUCCCAGCUCCGCACCCGCCGCCGGGUGACCUGCUGCCCCGCAGGCUGGGCGGCUCUGGCCUGCCGGCUGACUGCGGCCCGCACGACCCCGGCCUGGCGCCGCCCCCUCCCCCCGGCGGCUCCGGAGUGCUGUUCCGUGGCCCUCUGCAGGAGCCGCUGAGGAUGCCCGGAGAGGGCCACGUGCCCGCGCUGCCCUCCCCCGGCCUGCAGUUCGGGGGCAGCCUGGCCGGCCUGGGCCAACUGCAGUCGCCCGGGGCUGGGGUGGGACUGCCCAGCGCUCCCUCCGAGCGCAGGCCCCCGCCGCCGGAUUUCACAGCCCCGGCGCUCGGGGGCCAGCCUGGCUUCCCGUUCAGCGCGGCGAACCGGCAGGCCACGCCACACAGCGGCCCGGGCGUGAACUCGCCCCCGAGCGCGGGCGGGGGCGGGGGAGGCACGGGCGGAGGCAGCGGAGGGGGCGCCUACCCGCCGCAGCCCGAUUUCCAGCCCAGCCAGCGCACCUCGGCCAGCAAGCUGGGCGCGCUGUCGCUGGGCUCCUUCAACAAGCCCAGCUCCAAGGACAACCUGUUCGGCCAGAGCUGCCUGGCCGCGCUCUCCACCGCCUGCCAGAACAUGAUCGCCAGCCUCGGGGCCCCCAACCUCAACGUGACCUUCAACAAGAAGAACCCGCCCGAGGGCAAGAGGAAACUGAGCCAGAACGAGACCGACGGCGCGGCUGUGGCCGGCAACCCGGGCUCGGAUUACUUCCCGGGGGGGACCACCCCUGGGGCCCCAGGGCCUGGAGGCCCGUCGGGGACUAGUAACAGUGGCUCCAAAGCCUCGGGGCCGCCCAACCCGCCCGCCCAGGGGGACGGCACGAGCCUCUCCCCAAACUACACCCUGGAAUCAACAUCCGGGAACGACGGCAAGCCGGUCCCCGGGGGCGGCGGCCGGGGACGGGGCCGAAGAAAAAGGGACAGUGGUCACGUGAGCCCCGGGACCUUCUUCGACAAGUACUCGGCCGCGCCAGACAGCGGGGGCGCGCCUGGGGUGAGCCCAGGGCAGCAGCAGGCGCCAGGCGCAGCCGUCGGGGGAAGCUCCACGAGCGAGGCUCGCGGGGCUCCUACGCCUCACGAGAAAGCGCUCACGUCGCCGUCGUGGGGGAAGGGGGCCGAGUUGCUCCUGGGGGACCAGUCGGACCUCAUGGCUUCCCUGGACGGCGGGGCCAAGUCGGACGGGAGUUCCCCGCACGUGGGCGAGUUUGCCUCGGACGAGGUGAGCACGAGCUACGCCAACGAGGACGAGGUGUCGUCCAGCUCCGACAACCCCCCAGCCCUGGCCAAAGCGAGUAGGAGCCCCCUGGUGACAGGCUCGCCCAAACUCCCUCCCCGUGGGGUGGGCGCUGGGGAACACGGACCUAAGGCGCCCCCGCCCCCGCUCGGCCUGGGCAUCAUGUCUACCUCUACCUCCACCCCUGACAGCUACGGCGGGGGCGCGGGCCAUCCCGGCACGCCGGGCCUGGAGCAGGUCCGGACCCCCACGAGCAGCAGCGGUGCGCCACCCCCCGACGAGAUCCACCCCCUGGAGAUCCUCCAGGCGCAGAUCCAGCUACAGAGGCAGCAGUUCAGCAUCUCCGAGGACCAGCCCCUGGGGCUCAAGGGUGGCAAGAAGGGGGAGUGCGCCGUUGGGUCCUCGGGUGCCCAGAAUGGCGACAGCGAGCUGGGCAGCUGCUGCUCCGAGGCGGUCAAGAGCGCCAUGAGCACCAUCGACCUGGACUCCCUGAUGGCAGAGCACAGCGCCACCUGGUACAUGCCCGCUGACAAGGCCUUGGCGGACGGCGCGGACGACGACAAGACGCUGGCACCUUGGGAGAAGGCCAAACCCCAGAACCCCAACGGCAAAGAAGCCGCUCUGAGAUGGGCCUGCCAGGGAUCACCAUCCCCAAGUUACAGAUGGAGAAACUGAGACUCUGCAGAUGGGGCCAGCUGCCCAGCCCAUGACCUCCCUGCAAAUAAGGCCUCAGCCACCCAGCCGGGCAACCACUUGCAGUGCCUGUCUGUCCACUGCACAGACGACGUGGGUGACACCAAGGCCCGAGCCUCCG